AUGGGUUCCGACCCUCAGUACGCGAAAUGGCCCGCUCUACCUCUAGCCCAGCACGUUUUCACCAUCACGAAUCCUUACGCCACGAAACCCGCUCAACAGGCCGCAGUUAAGAGCUUACAAGAUGGCAUCAACGAGCACAAGAUGGCCCCUUUGUAUAAAUACCUGGCUCACCCCACCGAAGGUAUUCUGAAUGCCGCCGGUGAGACCACAUCAGCGUCGGCACAGAAGCCUACAGGCCGAAAACCUAGUCCUGCUGGCAUGGUUGCUAGCAAGAACGUUGGCGCGACAUUACCGUGGGAUGAAGAUGUCUAUAAUAAGCUAAAGGCGGAGAAUGAUAAGGAACUAGAAGAAUUCCAGAAGGAGGAAGAUGAAUCUGUUGAGCAGGCUGGCGAGACAGAAAUCAUGGCUGCGAAGGGGAAGCGUGCCGAUUUCUUCGCCAAGAUUGGGGACAAGGAUAAAGCGAUAGCAGCCUACGAAGACGUAUUCGAGAAGACCGGUAUCUUGGGCACCAAGAUUGAUCUCGUACUGGCUAUAAUCCGCAUGGGACUUUUCUACGGAGAUAAGGCUCUAGUAAAGAAACAUGUCGCACGUGCCAAGACGCUCGUCGACAGCGGUGGUGAUUGGGACCGACGUAACCGCUUAAAGGCCUACGAAGGCCUCCACCUCCUGACUGUCCGAUCGUACAAUCUCGCCGCACCCCUCCUCCUCGACUCCUUGUCGACUUUCACCAGUUACGAAUUAUGCACGUACUCGAAUCUUGUUGUAUACUCCGUCCUUGCCGGUUCAGUCUCUCUUAAGCGGGUUGACUUCAAGAGCAAGGUCGUAGAUGCUCCCGAAAUCAAGGCGAUCCUCGGUGCCGAUGGCGACGAUAAGCUUCUCGCCUUGACUGGUGCUAUCUCUGCGGGUCCGGGUGCAGAAGAUGCCGAGAUGCGCGACGCUACUAAGGAUACGUCUUCGCCUGCGGCGCCUACCAAGACCACGACCGCUGUCAACUUGACAACACUGGGUACGGGGACGGACCAGCCUGAGGCCGAGUUGGCAGUUGACUUCUCACCAUUGGCGCAACUAGUAAAUAGCCUGUACAAUGGUGACUACAAACAAUUCUUCCAGGCCCUCGCUCUCGUUGAGGAGCAGUUCCUAACUCAGGACCGCUACCUCCACGAGCACAAGGGCUGGUUCAUCCGUGAGAUGCGUCUGCGCGCCUAUCAGCAACUGUUACAGAGCUAUCGGGUCGUCGGGCUUGAGAGCAUGGCCAACGAUUUCGGGGUUACCGUUGAUUUCCUGGAUCGGGACCUCGCGAAGUUCAUUGCUGCAGGUCGUAUUCCCUGUACCAUCGACCGCGUCACCGGCAAGGGUGUCAUCGAGACCAAUCGCCCGGACGACAAGAACAAGCAAUAUCAAGAUGUCGUCAAGCAAGGUGAUCAGCUUAUCACCAAGCUGCAGAAGUAUGGCCAAGCGGUGCGACUACGUGGUAGUGAGAGAGCGUAA